AUGAACGAUCCAGGUCUUGAUGAACCUAUCUCCAACGAUGCCGAUGAUGUAGAGAAUCAGCAUUGUGAUGAACGAGAUGAAACUAAGGAAGAUGAAGAUGCCUUCCUCAACCCAGGCCGGUGGUGGUUUGCUAGCACCGCAUUUCCUCUCAUAGCCGGCACAUUUGGACCCAUGGCUUCAGCAUUCAGUAUUUGUGCAUUAGUUGCAUUCUAUUAUGCGAUAUUUUCUGCAGGUCUUUAUUUCUUGGUGGCUAGUUUAAUGACGAUUACAGUAUAUGGAGCACAUAAAGGACAUUAUCCAAAGGAGUUUAAAUUGACUAUGAGUCAAAGAACUUUGAUGUUACAAACGAUCAGUUUUAUAGUAUAUUUACUUGCAGGCGCGGCGGUAUUUGCUCAUAUCGAAUCGUGGCAAUAUCUUGAUGCUGUUUAUUGGUGUGAUUUCACACUUUUAACAGUUGGUAUUGGAGAUUAUGCACCAAUGACACAUUUAGGAAGAAGUCUCUUAUUUCCUUUCGCAAUCGGUGGUAUUAUCAUUUUGGGUUUGGUUAUUGGCUCGAUUCGAUCAUUGGUAUUGGACCGUGGGAAGGUUAAACUAGGAGCAAGAAUGGUUGAAAAAGAACGAAGACGUAUUUUAAAGCGAACCCAGAAGAAAAAUAUCGCACUGUUGAAGCCUGUCGAAACAGUGGAGUCCGAAUCAAACAACACCCUUGUCAAUAAUGAUGGUCAUACGGAAAGAGAAAGACGUCAACAAGAAUUCGAAUUAAUGAGACAAAUUCAAGAAGAGGCAGCUACCAAACGUCGUUGGACUUCUUUAAUCAUUUCUGGAACUACAUGGUUUAUACUUUGGUUUGUUGGUGCAGCAAUAUUUCGAGCUACGGAGUAUACACAAAAUUGGAGUUAUUUCGAAUCCCUUUACUUUUCUUACACCUCUCUUUUAACCAUCGGAUAUGGUGAUUAUUAUCCACAAUCCAAUUCCGGCAAACCUUUUUUUGUUUUCUGGUCUCUUCUUGCCGUUCCAUCUCUCACAAUACUCAUCAGCAAUAUGGGCGACACAAUCAUCAAGGGGAUUCGUGAUUUUACUCUUUGGAUAGGAAAUUCUACUAUUUUACCUGGUGAAAAAGGAGUGCGGCAUUCUCUUAAAGAGACGAUAAAUAAGUUGACAUUUGGAAAGCUUUUUGAAGUUUCCGAAUUACCUCCCGGUAUUGAAGGAGCAGCAAUCGAUCCCAAUGCCGAUAAAGCUACUGGACAUGAGUCCGCAAAAAAUGAUCCGGAAUCAGCAGCUCAGCGUGUUCAAAAUGAAAGCGCAGACAUCGAAACCAAAAGCGCAAGAAAACAAGCAGAGGAAAAUGAUAGGCUACCUGACAAUCGUCAUGAUUAUCAUUGUCUACUCAUCAAGGAAAUUGGGAAAGUGAUGAAACAUCUCAAUAGUUCCCCACCGAGAAAAUACACUUUCGAUGAAUGGGCAUGGUAUCUCAAACUAAUAGGAGAUGAUGAGAGCGAAGCUGGUAAUCAUAGGAAAGCGGUGAGAAAACCGGAGAAUAGGACAGAGUUAGGGGGUGCGAAGGGGGGAGGUGAGGAUUUGGGGGAGAAGUGGAGCUGGGUGGGGAAUAGGAGUCCGUUGAUGGGGAAUAAGGAGGAGAGUGAGUGGGUUUUGGAGAGGUUGUGUAGGACGUUGGAGAGGGAGUUGGAGGGGGUGAGGAGGGAGGAUAUGGAGGGGUGUGGGGAAAGAGAGAGAAAUGCUGUGAUGGGGAGGGGAAAGGAUAGUGAGAAUGGAGAGAGAUAA